AUGGCCAUUGCUGAGGAAGAGGAGGCUGACCAGGAACCCCUUGAAGGAGUCCCCCUGGAAUACCACCAAUAUGCCAAGGUAUUUGGGGAGGAAGAAUUCAACAAACUUCCCCCUCACCAGCAUUACAACAUUGGCAUUGAGCUCACAGAAGAGGGUCCCCUCAAUUCCCCCCUUUACAGCAUGACAGAUGCCAAAUUUGCCACCCUUAGGGACUGGCUCAGGGAUGAAUUGAAGGCAAGAAAAAUCUGUCCCAGCAAAUCCUCCAUCAGCUCCACUGUGAUGUUUGUACCAAAAAAGGAUGGAUCCUGCCAAUUGGUUGUUGACUACCAUUGCUUGAAUAACCAGACAAAGAAAAAUGUAUACCUGCUACCCUGUCCUGAUGACCUCAUGGCCCAGCUUUGUGGCGCCAAGGUCUUCACCAAACUAGACCUGAGAUGGGGUUACAACAAUGUCUGCGUUAAAGAAGGCAACAAAUGGAAAACCACCUUCUGCACAAAGUAUGGCCUCUACAAAUCCCUAGUCAUGACCUUUGGACUAACCAAUGCACCAGCAGCCUUCCAGCAUUUCAUGAACAAGUUAUUCAAGGAUCUAUUGGAUGUCUGCAUCAUUAUUUACCUUGACAAUAUCCUGAUAUACUCAAAGGACAACAUGUCACACACACAACACAUUCACAAAGCUUCCAAGUGCACUUUCCAUGUUACAUUGGUGGAAUACCUGGGAAUAGUUGUGUCAGACAAGGGAUUUAUCCUGGAUAAGCUCAAAAUCCAGGCUGUCCAGGAAUGGCCCAUGCCAGCCAAGGUCAAGGAAGUCCAAUUGUUCUUAGGAUUUGCCAACUUCCUCUGUUGUUUUGUUGCCAACUUUAGUCACACAGCUAGGCCCUUACACAACCUGGUUAAAAGGGAUGCACUGUGGAAAUGGGAAGCAAGCAAACAGGCUGCAUUCCAAGGACUAAAGGACGCCAUUUCCAGUGCACUGGUUCUCUGUGAUGUGGACCCCUCCAAGCCCUACUUCUUGGAAACAGAUGCUUCAGGAGCCACCCUUGGUUCCAUACUAAGUCAACGCCAGGAAGAUGGACACCUACACCCCCUGGGAUUUCUAUCAGAAUCUUUCAAAGGGGCAGAACAAAACUACAACACACACAAUAAGGAACUAUUAGCAAUCAUCCGUUCCUUUGAGUACUGGUGUAUAUUCUUGGAAGGCACCCUACAUCCUAUUGCAGUCUUCAUGGAUCACCGCAACUUGGAAUACUGGAAGGAGUCCCAGACCUUCAACUGCCGCCAUGCACAAUGGCACCUCCUACUUGCAGGCUACAACUUCCAAAUUGUCUAUUGCCCAGGAAAACAAUCCAGCAAACCAGACACCUUGUCACACCAUUCUGAUCACGCCAACAUACCACCUGCCAAUCAAACCAUGCUCCCAGACCCUGUCUUUGCCAACAUGGCCCUUGUGUUACCAGAAAAAGAACUACAUUGCCAAAUUGAGGCAUCCUUAGACCAGGAUGAAUCUUUGGAAGAAAUCCUUCAAUUCCUCCAAAACAAGUCCAAGGCCCCACAGUCCAUCAAAAAGGCAUUUAAUGAUUACAACAUGGAGGCAGGGUUGCUCUUCUAUCAAGGGCAAAUAGUAGUUCCCAACAUAGGCACCCUGAAGACAGACUUACUUUGCAUCUUCCACAAUAGCCCCUUGGCAGGACACCCAGGCAGACAACGGACUCUUGAACUUGUCUCCCAAGGCUACUAUUGGCCUGGCAUCCAUGCAGAUACCUACUGGCAUGUAGACUCUUGCAAAAUGUGCCAAUGCAUCUGUAAAGCCAAAUACACACCCAUACCCCUGCAACCACUCAAAAUCCCAUCCAGACCAUGGCAACACGUGUCAUAUGACAUGAUUGUUGACUUACCAAAGGAUGGAAAUAACAAUUCCAUCCUGGUAAUAGUAGACAGCUUCACUAAGUACAGGAUAUUUGUCAAGUGCUCAAAGAAACUAAAGGCACCCAAACUAGCGGAACUAUUCCUGGAAAAUGUAUGGAAACAUCAUGGCAUGCUGGAGAAGACCAUAUCCAAUCAAGGACAGGUCUUCAAUAACAAAUUCCUGAAGGCACUGUACAAACGCCUGGGAAUAGAUCCCCAUUUCUCCUUGGCAUACCACCCCCAGAGUGACAGGCAGACAGAACAGGUCAAUCCCUCUAUAGAACACUUCCUCAGGGCCUACUCAGGUAUUGUCCUAGACGUCUGUAAGGACGUUGAGGAGGUGGGCGCUUGCGGCCAAGUGUGA